GUGACUGAUACUCAACCCAAAAUUCAGCAAAAAGAAAAAAACUCACCAACAACAUUGGUUGACCAAUUCACUGAGACUAAAACUAUUUAGAACUUCUAGAGAGGAGAGUCUCUUUUUUGAGAGAGAGAGCUAAGAUGGAGCGAAGGGUGGUGGUGAUAUGUGCUAUUGUCGGAGUCUUGGGGCUCUCAUCAGUUAUUCUUGGUUUUGUUGCUGAGGCUACAAAGAUUAAGAGUUCUCAGGUGAUGUUUAACGGCUCCGAUUGUGUACGCCCACACAGUCCUGCUACAGCUCUUGGUCUAGUUGCAGUACUGGCUAUUAUUUUAGCUCAAAUAAUUGUUAGUGUUGCAACUGGGUGUAUUUGUUGUUGUUGCAAAAGAGGUUCUCAUCCCAAUAGCUCUAACUGGAUAAAAGCACAGGUCUGCUUUGUCUUUUCCUGGAUCACAGUUGUCAUAGCGGCUAUUGUGUUAUUGCUUGCUUCCUCAUACAAUAUUUAUAACUCAACCGUCCGGUGCUAUGUUAUAAAACCUGGAGUCUUUGCUGCGGGUGCCAUUUUGUGCCUUGCAAGUGUGGUUUUGGGUCUUGCUUCUUAUAUUUUAAGUUUGCAAAAGAACAGUAACAAUCAUUUUCAAGGAGACAUAGCUAUGGCACCACCUCAGUUUGCAGGGGGGACUAGCAUUUAUCAAGGAGCCGCGCCUAUAGGACAACCUCAAUACCAAUGGGGCAAUCCUGCUGUUCCUAAUCAAGGAGACAUGCCUAUGGGACAUACUAAGUUCCCACAAUAGGGUACUCAAGAACAUGUUGUAUAUCAUGAAUGGGAGAGUAUGAUGCUUAUGUAAUAAACGUACGCAUUUGCUAUAUGUGGAAUUUGAUCAGUUGUUUAUUGGUUUGGUUAAUUGUAGUUUGGCUUUGUGUUGUGUUUUGCAAA